AUGAUUCCUGCUCUCAAUGCAUCAGAAACGAGUGCGGCCUGCUUAGGAAACCAUGAUCUCGAUUUUGGGGUUGAGCAGUUCGAGUAUCUGGCUGGGCUGUGCAAGUUUCCGUGGCUGUGUGGGAAUGCGCUUGAUGAUGAUGAUGGGGAGAGUGUAGCGUUGGGUAAUUGUCGGAAGAGUGUUAUGCUUACGACUUCUGAUGGUCUGAAGGUAGGUGUGAUGGGUUUGGUUGAGAGGGAGUGGCUGGACACGAUCAAUACUCUUCCACCUAACCUGAAGUUCCUGGAGCCUGAGACGGUUGCAAGAGAGCUUGCGGCGGAGCUGAGGAAGCAGGGUGCUGAGAUUGUGAUUGCGCUUAACCAUCAAAGAGAGCCUAACGAUAUCGAGCUGGCUGAGUCUCUGGAGCGGGGCAUUGUCGAUACCAUCCUUAGUGGACAUGAUCACUACGAUGCUCAUUCAGAGACGAAUGGUACACAUAUCCUCCGCUCUGGCUCUGACUUUAAGCAGCUCUCAUAUCUCGAGGCAUGGAAGCGAACUAACGAGAACGUGGGAUCUGGCCCUUCCUGGAACUUUCGCAUCGUGCGUCGGGAUGUCGUCUGCUCGAUAAGUCCCGAUGCAAAAGUAGAUGAGAUGGUGGAGAAGAUCACAGCAAGUCUGCGCCCGAAGCUUGAGAAGCCGAUCGGCUAUACGGUUGCACCACUUGAUGCUCGCUUCACGACUGUGAGGACGAAGGAAAGUAACAUGGGUAAUUGGGUCUGCGAUUUUAUGCGGUAUCACUACAAUGCGGACUGUUGUCUGAUGGCAGCUGGUACGAUAAGAGGAGAUCAAGUCUACCCUCCUGGCCGUCAAGGGCUCAGCCAUCUCUCAGCCAUCGUGGCAGCGCUGGAGAACGGCGUGAGCAAGUAUCCAGCGCUCGAAGGUCGCUUUCCACAAGUCUCAGGCAUCACGUUCUGCUUUGAUCCCGCACGACCUGCUAUUUCUCGCUGCAGCAACGUAAAGAUCAACGGCGAGGUUGUGCAACUUGAGAAGGAGUACACGAUGGCUAGGACAGAGUACAUGGUCAGAGGUAAAGACGGCUUUACGUCCCUCCUGCUCGAGUACCAUGGCGGGGUGGCGAAAAGCGUUGUGGGUGAUGAGACGGGCAUGUUGAUUAGUAUGCUGUUGAGACAGUACUUUAUGUCCUUGAAGAUUCUCGGCAGAUGGAAGAACUGGAGUGCGCCUAUGGGGAGGCAUUGGGCGAAUGUGCAUGAGGAUUUUCAUGAGGUACAUCUUGUCAGGGAGCCUGUCAAGCCUGGCGAGACUUUGCCGACUACAAGCCGUGAGCACAGCAGGACGGUAGCGGGAGAAAUUCAGAGCGGCAGUGCUGGACUUGUUAGGACUGCGCUACAGUCUGGCAGUUCCCGGCAAAAUCACCUGAAGUACGAUUAUACCCACGAACAUAUCCUUCAGCACUCCGACAGCGAAGACGAGCACAGUCAUCGAGCUGAUCUACCAGCUGUGCGUAACAUGCCUCAGAAUGGACAUCAGGACACGGGAAAGCGUGAGCGAGAACUCAUGAUCAUGAGGAGGGUUAUGAGGAAGUGGUGGCGCAUAGCCAAGUUACCAGGUCAUCCAGCUAUGGCCGAAGAUCACGGAGAAGACUUUGGCGUCCACUGGACAAAGGGAAUCUGUCCCAGGGUUGAGGAGAGAAUUGUCAUGAUUGGAGGUCAAUGGCAUCUGUCUACGCCGACACCCUACGACCCUCCACUAACCUAUGGCGGCUGGAACCAGUCCCGAAGCCUGGGUGUACGAAUAGCGAGUCUCCUGCAUGCGCGAGAGCAGGCAACGAACGAUGCGCUUAGCGAACCCACGAAGGGCGAUGGAGUGACGAGCUACGACUUUGCGCAGAGAAAUGGCGGAAGUCCGCGGUCAGACGAGAGUCGAAAGCGCAAAAGGAAGCACAAGGUAGUGAUACACAGCUCGCCUUUCCUGCGAUGCGUGCAGACGAGUGUUGCCAUCGCGGCAGGCAUGGCUCAGUUCCAACCGCCAUCUGAAGCAGGGAGUAGACCGAGUACGAGUAGGAGUCGGACGCCGAACACAUUACAUUCUGCUUCGCCUCGCCUGCGAGCACUGGAAGGCAAGGGCUCGCCAAAUCUUGCACCCAUAUCAGAGCCGCGGGACUUUGCUCACGUGAUUGCAAGACGCGUCCUAGCGGAGCACAAGAGACACAGGAGAUGUAAGCUACGAGUCGAUGCCUUUCUAGGCGAGUGGCUGAACCCAGGAUACUUCGAUCACAUCACACCUCCACCACCGAGUGCACUCAUGCUAGCAACAGCCAAGGCAGAACUCAUGCGUCACGAAUCUGUGGACAUCUUCACACCUACGAUCUCAACCAAGACUUCACAAAGUAGCUUAUGGGGCGGCGCAAGCAAUUUACGAGGGGACAGCAAAGAUAGCACAAGCGAAGACUGGGAGGAGCCUCAAGACACCCUUCCACCAUCGCCCUCCCGCCGCGACCGCACAGGUAGCAUGAGUAGCAUUGGAAGCAACGACAGUGCUUCUGGACGACGAUCGCCCUUCCGACAGAAUCACGCUACUCAGGCGGUCACAUCCAGCAUACCUAAACCGGAGACUACAGUCUACGUCCCACCAACACCACACUAUGCCAUCUCAAGCUCUGACCACAUCCCUCGCGGCUACAUAGCGCACGCCCGCCAAUCCUGCGUCAACGUAGAUUAUCAGUGGGAUUCUUCUCGACCGCCCCAAAAUUGGGGUGAUGGAGGCGAAUUGGGCGAGGAAUGGAGCCAGAUGCAUAAGCGUUUUAGGAAAGGGCUGAAUCAUCUGAUCCACUGGUACAGUCAGCAUAAUGUUGAUGAUCGUGCUGAGGAUGCGCUGGGCUUUGACCAGGCGGAGAGACAUGCGCUUGAGGCUGAAGUACAUGAUGAUGACGAUGAGGUGGAAGAUCUGGUGGUGGUGCUAGUUACCCAUGGGGCGGGCUGUAAUGCGUUGAUUGGUGCGCUAACGGGACAACCCGUGUUGCUCGACGUGGGAAUGGCUAGUCUGACUGUGGCAACGAGGAGGGAUAAUGCUCACGUGGUACUGCCUCCUGUCGCAAGCCGUGACGUGGAAGGCAAUCCUGGGCCUUCGCCGAGUCCAGAGGAGACAUUAUCUGGCCAGGCAGCAAGGAGGGUUAGCCUGGAUCUUGGUUUGUCGUCGAUAUAUGAGAUGAAGCUCGUGUCUUCGUCCGAACACCUCCGACCAGGCGCCGAUCCGAGACGUGCUCCUUCGCUAUCGUCACGAUCAGAUGAUCAGCGAUCCGGCCUUGGGGCACCAUCUAAACUACAAGAUCAGCGAGGCUCUUCUAAUGGGAGAGAAGCAGCCGACACAGGCUUCGCGGACUGGUCUCUCACCGACUCAUCCCGGAGCAGUAGCAGCAGUCGAAGCGGUACUAGCAGUAUGCUCGGCUCCGCUGUCCGAAGACCUUCGGUUCCUGUUCUGAGCUCUGCUUCCGGUGGACUGGGUAGGAGUAAUACUCUGCCUGUUGUACCUGGCCGAAGUGAGCCAGGAAGUCCUGGAUUGUGGACACCGCCUGGAGCUGGCAGUACGCCGGUGCUGAAGGCGAAAGAGGCCACGUCAGAUCAGAAGUCUGUAGGCGAGGCGUUGCCGGAACCUGCUGGUGCUGCUGCUCAAAGCAUUCCAGCCAGUGUCAUUGCGAAAGCCGCUACCUCAGACCAUACGGAAGGCUCGAGCCGCAGUACGGCCAUGUCCCUCGCCCUCUCCGGGGCCCUCGACGGCGCGGCAGAUACGCCUCUGCCACCCGCCAUGAUCCAAAACGCACUGGCGCAUUCUACCAACGGCAUCAAUGAAACCCAUGGCAGUCCGCCUCAGGUCCAGCAUACUCACGACCACAAGCCCAGCUUAUCAAACGUCAGCGAUUUGCCUGCUCAACCCCCACAAUCUCUGGGAAGGACAAUGAGCCAGAAGGGUCUGUGGGGUGCUAAGCCAGGUGGUGAUAAGGUAAGGAGGGAUUUUGGGGAGGGACCGAAGAAGAGGUGGACUUUGGUUGUUGACGAGUAG